GGGCCGUGUUCUGCGAUGAGGCCGCGCUGGUCACACCGAACUCAACCAAGCGGGACCCCGCACCGGGAGUCCCCGGGCUUUGGGGAUGACGCGGGGUAUCCCCGCCUGCCCGUGCACCCAAAGAGGGGCGUUCUGGGGGGACCAAGGGCAAAUCCCGCAUUGUGGAAGGCGGAAAGCCACGGGGACAGGUGGCUGGGCUGGCCCGGGGCAGGGACACAGCAUCCCCAUGCCAAGGGGCUGGGAUGGAGGGGACCCGCUCCGCUUUUGGGGCGAUGGCAUGAGCCAGCGGACCACUGCACAUAUCCCCCUUUUCCAUACCUCCUGGCUGGCUCCUCCCCCUGCCACCUCAUUCCCCCGACAUCUGGGCGCAUUCCAACCCCCCUUUUUUUAUGUCCACAAACCCCUACUUUUGUCCCAAGCCCUUAUAUCUGCCCCCAAGCCCCCACUUUCCCCGCCACGCCCCCGUUUCGCCCCCGUGCCCGGGCAGGGCUCUGGCCGUACCUGCGGCCCGGGAUCCCUCGGGGGACAGCGCCGACCCUUCCUCCCCUUCCGCCCCGGCCCGGGGGAGCGGCCCGAGGGUCCCGGUGCCGGGGGGAAGGAGGAGGAGGAGGAGGAGGAGGAGGAGGAAGGACCGGCGGACAUUUCGUGGCGGCUCCGCCCGGCGGGGCGGGACGGACCGGGGCGGCCAUGGCGGAGCGGGGCCGAGGACAGAGUCCGAGCGCCAUGGAGGACCUGCUGGAUGUGGAGAACAAGCGGAUGGCCGACAGCCUGGCCAGCAAGGUCACCAGGCUGAAAUCCCUGGCUCUGGAUAUCGACAAGGAUGCUGAGGAACAGAACCGCUACCUGGAUGGCAUGCUUGGCAGGUGCAGCAUCACCUUGUCUGGGGUUGGUAUCUGGCACCUGAAGGGCUGAUGUGGGACAGCACACCUGGGAAAUGCCAAUGGAGGUCCCUCCUUGCUGGGAUUAGAGCUGCCUCCGGGCUGUUCCUCAGCUCUCCCUUGGUGUUUGGUGCUGCUGUAUGAACCUAGGACUUAUUCCAGAACUCCAGCACCUCCGGCAGGCUCCCUGCAGGGCCUUGUGGGACACUGGUGUCUUCAGAGGGAGCACAGGUGAUGCUCUGGGUCCCACAAGCUGUUGGGUGUCCUGGUCUGCCACACAACUCCCAACAAAUCAGGGAAUUGGGAUAAAAGGUGGGAUGGCAAGAGCCCUUAAGGGACAAGCCCCAAAUGGGCACCAAACUGCGCUGCUCUUACAGAAGAGGUUUUGAGGCAUUUCAGGAGCAACAUGAGUAGAAGCUCCAGAAAGGUGGGAACGGUGCUGAUGCCGGAGCACUGGAAGGGAAGGACCUUGAGGGAGACAGGUGGCUGCUGUGCAGCUUCUGUGCGAAUGUUUUUAGUCAGGAGGUGGGAGAUUCCUCAAGGAUUCCUUCAUGUGUGGCACAGUAGGAUGGGCUUGAUCCUAGGACCCAAGGGAAUGGCUGGAGUUGUAUUAGGUUGGGUAUUAGGGUAAACUUCUUCCCCCAGAGGGUGGCUGGGCACUGGAACAGCCUUCCCAGGGCAGUGGUUGUAGCCACAAACUUGCCAGAGCUCAGGGACACGGUCAGGUUGUUCAGGUGUGCUGUGCAGGGCCAGGAGUCGGACUGGAUGACCCUUGUGGAAUCCCUCCAACUCGGGAUAUUCCACGACUCUACGAUGCCUCCACCUUGGCUGUCUCUGCCC